AUGUUGCAAGAAAUUCUGGAGGAAGAACAAGACGAAAGACUUUUGGAAUUAGAUCAAAUAGAGGAUGUAGAGGGCGAAAAUGAUCAAGGUAAUACCAAAAGCAUCGUGCCACUCAAGCGUACUAUGUCAUCUACACCCGCAUUACAGAUUGAUAUGUCCGAAGUAUUUAUUCCUUUGUACCUUAACAUCCCCAAUGCAAUGUCGAAUUCCAACGACAGACGAGUCGAAG